AUGUUAAAGUCACCAUCAUCUCGAUUUGAUCCACUCGAAAUAGGUUCAACCGUUAGAGUAUCGAUACCAGAUGUAGAUCGUGCUCGCGGAGCUCCGCGUAAUUUAUUAGCAGUCGUUUUAGAUGUCGAAAAUGAUCUUUACAAAUUAGUACCUUGUAAAGAAAAACUUCUCGACAUACCUAAGUUCAUCAAAGAAAAAGAGCUUACUCUUCGAGAGGCAGCAGGUUUGAGCAGUAUUUCAGGCACUCAAGGGUACCAACGAUGUCACUGCAAAACUAAAUGUAAAAAUAAUAAAUGUGCUUGUCGUUCUUCAGGCAAACUUUGUAAUUCAAAAUGCCAUGGAUCAUUACCAUGUGAAAAUAAGUAG